AUAGAAAGCCAAAUAUAUUUUCGACUCACUACCUGACAACACAGAUUACAAUCCAACAUUUUACAAUUUUUUUUUAUUUUCUCACCUCACAGUUUAAAAGCAGUGAUCGAAAAGAGAAAUGCAUCGAAUACACGUCAUUCCCAGGAGGCAAGAUUACGACAAAACCCUUGUCGAGAUAUACAGGCCAAAAAAGUUUGUGGCUGAAUCUUUGACUUCGGUUUAUGCCAGUCGUACGACUGUAGCACCCAAUGGACAUAUUCGCACUGACGCUGUUAAGGGGAUCGAGGAUCGUCAUUUAAAGGCUUCACCUGAUUUGCCCAGCCUUCAGGAACGCAGCGCUAAGUCGAACAGCAAGAAUCUUUAUAAUCUUUCCCUCCAACUUAUGGAUAAAGAGGAGACCUGCGAAAGCGGUUUUUCAGGUGGAAGGAAGAGGAUUCGACGCCAUGUUAAAGUUCAGGACCCUUUCCAAGAGAACGUUCCGAUUAAUGUUAGGACUCAUAUGCGAAGUCGGGUGGAUAAGAUCAAGAUUAAGAAUCCUCGUCACGACAGAAGAAGGAGCCCUCCAAUGCCUGCUAUGGACGGCUCAAGGAAACAAGACCAGAAGAAAAAUAAGGAAUAUUCUAAAAAAGUAAUUGGACCACUCAACUCGAAACCGUGUCGUAAGUUGUAUCGUAAGUUUCCAGAGAGCCUUCAAACCCUUUGUUCCCGUCCCAUUAUCACAGCCCCAAAAACCAUUCAAGACCAGGACACAAUCCAAAAAACGGCAUUAAGCAUACAGAAGGCUGAGGUUCAGCCACAUGUUGUAGAAUCCGAUAUGGAGUCAUUCAGAUAUUCCGAAAAUCCAAAGGAAACCCUUAGGGCAAUCUUUCAAAAAGCAGCUCGCAAUAUUCCCCCGACAAAACCGGCUUCUUUGGUCAAAAAGGAUCCAAAGGACCCGAAGGAUCUAAAGAACCUAGAGGACUCAAAGGAAAUUCUUGAAAAGGUGAAUGUGGAUGAUAUUCUAAAGGCCUGGGCUUCACAGAAGAUACAAUUUGUACUGGAAUUGAUCGAUGCAAAUCACACUUAUAGCUUAAUCUUUCUACUGGUCACCGUGCUUUACUUGGUCUACAUCCUGUGGUAUGAUGUCAGCUACAGUGUAAAUGAAGAAAACCGAUAUCUGGCCAAGUUGCAAAGCUCGGGACUGCCUAUGAAGAGUUUCUACUAUCUGAUGCGUUUGCUCAGAGCUCCCAUAUUUUGAUGGGCUAGCGAAAUUGAAGUUUUAAUCAAACAUUUUGCAUUUCAAUAACAGAACGGCACGCCGCUAUUAUUCCGUUCUGUUUCCAUGGUGAAAUAUUUAUUGUAAAAUAUUUAUAAAUGGAUAUUUUUGCUGUUUUACGCUCCACAACAAAGUGUUGAAUAGGACUUGCGCUCCAACGCCUCUUCCGCGGUGCCACGCCCCUCAUUUCCCACCGUGUCUCACCUGGUGCCGGGCUAACAAAUGAAAAACAAAUAUUAAGCUUUGUUGUUUUGCCAAAAUAGAACAGAAAACCCAUAAACACACAUGCAACACGCACACGUAGAG